AAAUACGUGUAAGCGUCUAUUCCCCAUUUCAUCAAGUUAUGACAAAUCCUGCAUUUUAGAAUGUCUCUUAUGUUUUAACCCCGGCUGGUCCAGGCUCUGCAGUUCUAAACCAGUCCAAACCGGGUUAACCAGCCACAUGACUACUCGUGUGACUGACUACUCGUAUCACAUCUGAGUGACAGCUGGACAACAAACGGAGAGCAGCACUUAAGAUUUACGCUGAAACAUUAGAAGUGGAAAACGUCCUAUAACUUAAAGGAUGGACUUUCGCGGCAGGAGGCACGAGCGAGGCAGCAACUGGACCGACCCGGAGAUAGUGGAGCUGCUCCAGCUGUGGUCCGACGAGUCGGUCCAGAUUGAACUGGAGAGCUCAUUGCGCAACCAGCGUGUCUUUGACCGCAUAGCCCACAUCUUGCGUGAAAAGGGCAUCUAUCGCACCGGUGACCAGUGCAGGGAGAAGAUAAAAAAGAUGAAGCUGGAGUACCGUCGCAUUAAGGACAACUACAAAAUAAAGACGUGGAAGUUCUUUGACGUCAUGGACAGGGUUCUGGCAAACAGACCUGCCAUCACCUACUCCUCUCUGGGCGGUGCUGUCAUAGCUCAACAGGUGAUGCAGACUCCUGUAGGUUCUGAUUCAUUCACGCAAGGGACCCCACCAGACGCCUUUGGUCCUGUUUCCUCAGGAGGGUUCCUGUUUGGACAGCCUCCAAAACCUGGAGAUCCUCUGGAUAUUAAAUGUGAGGAUGUUGAUGAAAGCAUGCUGAACUCAAGUGUUGCACCACCUGAGAUGUACUAUGGCUCUGGAGAUGACCAGGAGACUGAUGGUCAGUCUCUGCUGGAGGCAGACAACACUCUGGGCCCAAGAGAUCACUCAACAAAUGCAAGAAUCUCACCUACAGGUUUCAGUGACCUGAACAUUGCUGGUCCGACUGCAACUGCCACCCAGGCUGUUGGUGGUCCGAUGACAGGGGACACAUCUGAUCAGCUCAGUAAAGGGAAUCCUCAUUCCCGCCCCUUUGUGAGACAGAGGAAGCGUCGCCUCAGUGGCAGAACAUCAUGGUGCCACAGCGGUGCUCGAUGUGGCAGCCAAGGCCGUCUAGAUAAAGCCCUGGUCAGCUUCCUGAACUGGCAGCAGUCAGCAGAGGAACGCCUCCUCUCCAUGGAGGAGACGCGGCUGGAGAGAGAGUUUGAAGCAGAGGAGCGGAGGGAGCAGAGGGAGGACCGAAGGGCAGAGCAGGAGCGCCAGCAUGAGCUCCGCCUGUUCAGCAUGCUCACAGGGGUUUUGGCUGCAGUCAGACAGAGUCCAACAGCACAGACUGACCCCUCCCUCUCACCGUCUGUUCAUCCUUCAGCUUCUCUAGUGACCACCCCCUCUCUUUCCUCUUUUUUAACUCAUCCACCUUCACAAACUCCCAUAUCACAGGCUGCUCCCACUCAGGGCAGAGUAAAAGCUAACCUGCCUGCUUCUGGGAAGACCUGCAAAAUGCCUCAGAGUGAUUUGGCUGCAGAGAAAGUCUCUGAAACUCCUGGAUGUAGCAAGUACCUGUCCAACCGGGGAAAUGGCAUCCAACAACAUAAGUGCAUUCUCUCAGAGGGCUUCUGCGUGUAUGAAAUGGACAAAUUCCACAUCACAGAAAACCCUAAUGGGAUAAUUAACUUGGGCACCAGUGAGAAUAAACUUUGCUAUGAUGUUCUUCACGAACGGCUGACCAAACCUGACAUGCUACACGUUGAGCCAUCCCUGCUGCAGUAUACAGACACAAAUGGACACGCAUUCCUGAGACAGGAGGUUGCAAAGUUCCUGACUCACUACUGCUGCUCUCCAAAGCCGCUGAAAGCAGACAACGUUGUGGUGAUGAAUGGCUGCACUUCCCUGUUGUCAUGUAUUAGCACGGUGAUUUGCGACCCUCAAGAUGCUGUUCUCAUAUCUACUCCCUUCUAUGGUGCAAUCACUGCAGAUCUGCUUUUGUACAGUGGUGUUAAACUCUUUCAUGUUCCUCUCGACUGUGAGCCUGAUGGAAAAGAUAGCCGACCCUUCCAUCUCACUGUGGAAAAACUGGAAGCAGGACUAAAAAAGGCUAAGCAAGAGGGGGUGAUCAUCCGAGCUAUUCUGCUGAUGAACCCUCACAACCCUCUGGCUGAGAUCUACACCCUCAAAGAGAUGACUGCCUUCUUGGAGUUUGCCAAAAACAAUGAGCUCCACGCAAUCAUUGAUGAACUUUACAUGCUGACAAUCUUUGAUGAAUCUUUCACAUUUAAAAGCGUCCUCAGUCUAGACAGUUUGCCAGACCCACAGAGGACAUAUGUGUUGUGGGGUAUGAGCAAGGACUUUGCAAUAUCAGGAAUGAGAAUUGGCACUCUGUACACUGAGAACAGAGACAUACUGAAGGCUGUGGCCCAGCUUGGCAGGUUUCAUACCAUCCCUGGAAUCACUCAGCACCAGACAGCACAACUGCUUCGGGACAGAGAGUGGAUCAACAAAGAGUUUUUGCCAGAGAACAGACGCAGACUAAAAGCUGCUCACAGUUAUGUAAAGAGUGAGCUGGAGAGUAUGGGCAUCCCUUACCUGGACUGGCCUGCUACACUGUAUGUCUGGGUCGACCUCAGAAAGUACCUCAGAGAGCCAUCGUUUGAGGAGGAGCUUGCCCUGUGGAGGAGUAUCCAGAGACACAAGGUGUUUAUAAGCUGUGGUCAGGCCUUCUUCUGCUCCACACCAGGCUGGUUCCGUAUCAUCUUUGCAGAGGAACAGCAUCGCCUUGAGCUUGGCCUGAAAAGAUUCAAGGAGGCUUUAAAAGAAAUCAAAGAAAACAGCACCAGCUCUGAAUCAAACUGCAUCAGAGAAGGCAGUAAGGAGAGGAUAGAAUCAGUGAAAGAGGACAGUUCAGAUUUAGACAAUGCUGUGAUUGUGAAUUCAGCAUCAUCACCCUGGAGCAAGUCAUCCGACCAGCUGAAGGAGAAGGACAGUCCUGUUCCUGACACAGCCUCGCUGGCCACCGAGGAGCUUGUGUUGCUGGACUGCCAAGCAUCAAAGCCUGAAGAGGGUCUGGACUCUCUGAUUGGUACUCUCAGGCACCAAAUUCGCUCUUCUGAUUGGUUGGAGAAAAACACUCCAGAGCUGUCUGCCGGGGAGGACCCAGAGAUUCUUGAUGUAUUCAAGGCUCUGCUACAGAGAGCCAGAAAGUAAGCUCAGGACAAACAGACAUGCAUGUAAGCUGCCAGAUUUCAAGAGGCAGCACUUCAUUGCCCAGCAUUUUCCCCUCAAUUAUUGUGAAGAGCUUGAUACAAACACCUGACAUGGGGUCAAAUCUGAUGCCUGUUUGUGAGUGAAGAGGAAGCACUCAAUGAGAGGAGGCUAAUGAGAAGGGGGAAACUGAUGCAGGCAUGACCAGGAUGGAAGAACUGAAAUAAUUACUUAUCAAUCUGUAUCUUGAGGCCUUAUUUCUAAGCUGAUAUACAAUAUGACCUUGCUUUUUUGCAAUACGGAUAUAAAAGAUACAUGUUUAUUUUGUCAUAUUUUAAGAGAAUGCCAAAUGCAUACGUUCUAUUCUUAUAUAUUUCAAGUCUUUAGAUCAAAGUUGCAUUAUUAUUUGAUUAUAUACACUUUAUCACAAUGUUGUCAUUUCCUUUAAAGAUAAGGAUCUGUGAAUAAAGUGAUGUAUUAUUAUAUCCUUAUGUGACCAUAUGCUGUUUUUCUACAGUAAAUCUCAUUAUCUGUUUAUAGAUAUCUUGCAAAUACCUUAACUAUCACUGGGCAACUUAUACUUUUUCAUUG